GUAUAUGUUGUAUGACUGUAUAUAUAUACAACCUUUCACAUUGACUCUGGACUCUUUAACUCUCUUGUACUUGUGUAUAUAACUUGAUUGGGGGCUGAGCUUUUGGUUCCCAUUUGGAUACAAGGUCCAUUGCCAGCAAUGGGCUAUUCGCAGAGGAGGAAAAUGAGGGUCUUCCAGCGUUCUGUGUUUACGGUGUUUUUUGUGGUGGUCGUGGCGGCGGCUAUGGUGAAUGGGGAGCGGUCUGAUACGAGGUUUCUGUUGACGAGUAACGACACUGGGGGACAAAGACAUUCCGAAGAUUACUGUGCCAUGUACGACAUUUGUGGAGCGCGAAGUGAUGGUAAAGUGCUGAAUUGCCCUGUUGGUUCCCCGGCCGUCAAGCCCGAUGAAUUGCUAUCAGCAAAGAUUCAAAGUUUGUGCCCCACAAUUACCGGAAAUGUGUGUUGUACAGAGGCACAGUUCAAUACAUUGCGAACACAAGUUCAGCAAGCAAUUCCUUUCCUUGUAGGUUGUCCAGCAUGCUUGAGAAAUUUCUUGAAUCUAUUCUGUGAGCUUACAUGUUCUCCUAAUCAGAGUCAGUUUAUUAAUGUGACUUCUAUUGCCAAGGUUGGUAGCAAUUUGACUGUUGAUGGAAUCGACUUUUACAUAACUGACACUUUUGGUCAGGGAAUGUUUGAAUCCUGCAAAGAUGUAAAAUUUGGUACAAUGAAUACUCGAGCCAUAGAAUUUAUUGGUGCUGGUGCCAAAAAUUUCAGAGAAUGGUAUGCAUUUAUCGGUAGACGGGCAGGGCUUGGGGUACCAGGAUCACCAUAUGCUAUCAACUUUUUGCCAUCUGCCCCAGAGUCAUCAGGAAUGAUACCUAUGAAUGUGUCCACAUAUUCAUGUGGGGACACUUCUUUAGGCUGCUCAUGUGGUGAUUGUCCUGCUUCUGCAGUCUGUUCAAAUUCUGCUCUUCCUCCUCCUCCCAAGAAAGGUUCUUGUUCAGUGAGAAUAGGUUCUCUAAAGGCAAAAUGUGUUGAGGUUGCAGUAGCAAUACUGUACAUUAUACUCGUCUCUGUAUUUCUCGGCUGGGGUUUUGUCCACAGGAAAAGGAACAGGAGUCCUGCAUCUAGAACCAAGCCAUUAGUUAAUGUCCCUAAUGGUGGCAUCAUUCGCCGUGCAAACAGUCAAAAGGAUGAGAAUAUCCCAAUGCAGAUGCUUGAGGAUGUUCCCCAAAUUACCAAUGGUGUACAGCUUUCUAUUGUUCAAGGGUAUAUGUCAAAGUUUUACAGGAGAUACGGAACGUGGGUGGCAAGAAAUCCAAUCCUUGUAUUAUGCUCCUCAGUUGGCAUCGUUUUAGUGCUUUGCUUAGGUCUAAUUCGUUUCCAAGUGGAGACAAGGCCUGAGAAGUUAUGGGUAGGCCCUGGAAGUAGAGCUGCCAAAGAGAAACAAUUUUUCGACAGUCAUCUUGCUCCUUUUUACCGGAUUGAGCAGCUCAUAAUUGCAACAAUUCCAGACACUGUGCAUGGAAAAGCACCUAGCAUUGUGACAGAUAGCAAUAUCAAUUUAUUAUUUGAUAUCCAGAAAAAGGUGGAUGCUAUCAGAGCUAAUUACUCGGGUUUGAUGAUAUCUCUUACUGACAUUUGCAUGAAGCCACUUGGCAAUGAUUGUGCGACUCAAAGUGUUCUUCAGUAUUUCAAGAUGGAUCAGCAAAAUUAUGACAGCUUUGGGGGUCUUGAACACGUUGAAUACUGUUUUCAGCAUUAUACCUCAGCAGAUACAUGUGCCAGUGCAUUUAAAGCCCCGCUUGAUCCAAGCACUGCUCUUGGUGGUUUCUCUGGAAAUAACUAUUCUGAGGCUUCUGCAUUCAUUGUGACUUAUCCUGUUAACAAUGAAAUUGAUGAAGAAGGAAAUGGUACCAAGAGGGCAGUGGCAUGGGAGAAAGCCUUUAUUCAGCUAGCAAAGGAGGAGCUCUUGCCAAUGGUGCAAUCCAGGAAUUUAACACUCGCAUUUUCAUCAGAAAGCUCUGUUGAGGAAGAAUUAAAAAGAGAAAGUACUGCAGAUGCUAUCACUAUUUUGAUAAGCUAUCUUGUCAUGUUUGCUUACAUAUCCUUGACUCUGGGAGAUGCUCCUCGUUUCUCUUCCUAUUAUAUCUCCUCUAAGGUAUUGCUUGGCCUAUCAGGGGUUGUUCUUGUCAUGUUAUCCGUACUUGGAUCAGUUGGAUUCUUCAGUGCAAUUGGAGUCAAAUCAACACUAAUAAUAAUGGAAGUCAUUCCUUUUCUUGUAUUGGCAGUUGGAGUAGACAACAUGUGCAUAUUGGUUCAUGCAGUAAAGCGACAACAGGUAGAACUGCCUAUAGAGGGACGGAUUAGUAAUGCACUUGUAGAAGUUGGGCCUUCUAUAACCCUAGCUAGUCUGGCGGAGGUCUUGGCAUUUGCAGUUGGGAGUUUCAUCCCUAUGCCAGCUUGCCGUGUCUUUUCCAUGUUUGCAGCACUGGCUGUUCUCUUGGAUUUCCUACUUCAAGUCACUGCAUUUGUUGCCUUAAUUGUUUUUGACUUCCUAAGAGCUGAGGAUAACAGGAUCGAUUGUUUUCCUUGUAUCAAAGUAUCUGGUUCGAAUGCGGAGCUGGAGAAAGGCAGCCAUCAGCAGAAACUCGGAUUGCUUGCUCGAUAUAUGAAGGAAAUUCAUGCUCCCAUUCUGAACCUUUGGGGUGUAAAACUGCUGGUUGUCUGUGCUUUUAGUGCAUUUGCGCUGGCAAGCAUAGCGUUAUGUCCAAGAAUUGAACCUGGUUUAGAACAGCAAAUUGUUCUUCCUCGAGACUCGUAUCUUCAGGGUUACUUUAAUAAUCUCGCUGAAUAUCUAAGAAUUGGUCCGCCACUCUACUUUGUGGUGCAAAACUACAAUUUCAGUUCAGAAUCAAGACAAACAAACCAGCUCUGUUCCAUCAGUCAGUGUGAUUCCAAUUCUCUUCUAAAUGAGAUUGCAAGAGCAUCCUUAGUACCAGAGUCGAGUUAUAUAGCUAAACCUGCAGCUUCAUGGCUUGAUGAUUUUCUUGUUUGGCUCUCUCCUGAAGCUUUUGGGUGUUGUCGAAAAUUCACAAACGGGAGCUACUGUCCUCCUGACGAUCAGCCUCCUUGUUGUUCGUCAAGUAGUGGUUCUUGUGGACUCAGCUCAGUGUGCAAGGACUGUACAACGUGUUUCCGACACUCAGAGUUACAAAACGAUCGUCCAUCCACUGAACAAUUCAGGGAAAAGCUGCCAUGGUUCCUUAGUGCUUUACCUUCCGCUGAUUGUGCUAAAGGUGGAAAUGGGGCGUAUACAAGCAGCGUCGAACUCAAAGGCUAUGAGGAUGGAAUAAUACGAGCAUCAGCAUUUCGGACAUACCACACUCCCCUUAACAAACAGAUUGACUACGUAAACUCAAUGCGGGCUGCACGAGAUUUUAGUUCGAAAAUGUCUGAAUCUUUAAAGAUUGAUGUCUUUCCAUAUGCCGUCUUUUAUAUGUUCUUCGAGCAGUACCUUAAUAUAUGGAAGACAGCUCUGAUCAACCUCGCUAUAGCUAUUGGUGCAGUUUUUGUUGUUUGCUUGGUUAUCACAUGCAGUUUCUGGACUUCAGCAAUAAUUCUACUCGUUUUAGUGAUGAUCGUUGUGGAUCUUUUGGGUAUAAUGGCAAUCCUAAAUAUCCAACUGAACGCGUUGUCCGUUGUGAACCUCGUGAUGUCGGUGGGUAUCGCCGUUGAGUUCUGUGUGCAUAUCACUCAUGCUUUCUUGGUGAGCAGCGGAGAUAGGAAUCAACGGAUGAAAGAAGCUCUGACAACCAUGGGGGCUUCAGUAUUCAGUGGAAUCACACUAACAAAGCUUGUUGGAGUGCUUGUUUUGUGCUUUUCGAGGACAGAAGUUUUUGUGGUUUACUAUUUCAAAAUGUAUCUUUCAUUGGUGCUUCUUGGUUUCUUGCACGGCCUCGUCUUUUUACCUGUGAUAUUGAGCAUGUUUGGUCCACCAUCGAGGUGUGUGCUAAUAGAGAAGCAAGAUGACCGGCCGUCUACAUCGUCGCAGUUUUAGUUUAUUGUUGAUGCAUUAAAAAAAUUUCUUUUUUGUUAUAUUUAAUUUUGAUAGGGAUCACAGUUUUCAUUUUCCUCCUCUUAAAUUUUUCAUAGAUAGGUAAACUUGGAUGUAGAAAUAGGUAGAAAUCUACUUAGUUGUGAUAAUUAUGUCGUGCAAUUGUAAAGUUGAUUUGCCAUUCUUCCUUUGAGAAAUAUGUAGGAGGAAAACCAUAUCUACUUACUUAUA